AUGGAGACCCUGGGGGACCCUCGGAGAGCCCAGUCUUUGGAUAGGUCGCACACCCCCAGGAAGGAUUUGCAGUCGACCAGCUGCCAGUGCCUCUCACUGCCCGGCACGCCCUGCAAGAAGGCACCCCACCGGGCCAUCAGCCACGGGGCUAGAUGUGCCCAGAGCCCCACCCCAUCUUCAGGGGCUCAGGGUGCUGAGGCUGCUGCAGCCCACACUCUAGAGGAGACGAGGAUGUUUCUCCUCAGUGAGCACAGGCACCCACCAGACACCAAGAACAAGGCCCAGAGGCAGGCCCAGCAGGGCUGGCUGAAGACCGUGCUGAACUUCUUCCUGCGGACAGGCUUUGAGGAGCCUAAAGACAAGGCCAGCAGGAGGACAAAGGGGAAGGAAGAACCCCCAGAUCCCCCUGAGGCAGCUGAGGAGCUGGCCCUCAGGAAGAAAGCCCAGGACAAGAAGGCCAGCCACAGGAAAUGUGGUCACAGAAAGCAUGGUGCUGAAGAAGACAAGGGAAACCACCACCGAGAGGCAGGAGGCCAUGAUGCCCGGCCACCCAAGGUGGCUGCCACCUUGCGCUCUGAGGAAGCUGAAGUGGGCCCAGUUGGCAGGGGUGCAGUCAGGAGAGUGCCGCUGACACACACUCACACCCCCACUCGAGGCACUCCAGGUGGACACGAUUCUGGUGGCCCCCAGUCCUUGCGCGCCAAAGGGGCCCGAGCUGGACUCCUGGAUGUUUCUCCCCCAGCCACAGGGCCCAGGCUGGAAGAGGAGCCCAGGAAGCUGGACGAGGAAGCUGUCAUCCAGAUGACCGUGGAAUUCCUCAAGAAAGUGGGCGACCAGUGGGAGGACGAGCAGCUUCAAGCUCCCCAGCCAGAAGUACUACUGCAAAACCCAGAACCGGCCUGCAGAAAGAAGUCCCAGGAGAAAAAGCCGGGCAGCGUCAAGAGAGCCUUUUCCCUGAAGAAGUGCGGCCCUGAGGAGCCCAGGAGAGCUCGUGCUGCUGCCGCCGAUGUGCCCAGCCCCGAGGCCCGGCGGCCCAAGAGGCCCAGCUUCCUGCCCCUGUGUGUCCGCGGCCCCUGGCCCUCCACCUCCAGCAGCCCUGAGUCGGGACACCCCACACCCACAGACACACCCAGAGCUCCAUUCUGCUUGCCAGGCUCAGAAGGACCGGGAGCCCACGAGGCCCUGUCUUCGGACAGCGAUGGCCCCAGUCCCCGGGGGCUCCCCACCUGCACCCAACGUCGGGGACCCGAAGAGGAGCCGCCACUAGACAGAGCCUCGGAAUCCAAUGACUUCAUGCAGAAGAUCCUCGCUCUGCUCCAAGAUGCAGAGGAGCUGGUGGGACAGCAGCAGCCUCCAGGGCAGGAGACUGAGGCAGCUGUAGAAAGCCUGGCCCCAGCAUGCAGGAGGAAGUCCCAGGAGAAAAAGCCCAGCAGCCUCCGGAGAGCCUUUUCUCAUAAAAGACACAGCUCCAAGGAGCCCAGGAGAGUGGGGACUGUGGGGGCCGCCACCCCUGAGCCCCGGCCACCCAAGAGGCCCAGCUUCCUGCCCCUGUGUGUUGGCGGCUCUGACCCUGAAGGCCUGGAGUUCCGGGAGCCCUGGGCCGCAGAAGAGACAGCAUCUGGGUUCUCAGAAGCAGCCUCCCAGGCCAGGAGCUGCACACCGGACGGGGGCCAUCAGCCGGAGGGAGCACGAGAAUCUAAGGAGCUCAUCAUCCACGAGCUGGUGGCGCUUCUCCAAGACGUGGACGGCGAACUGGCAAAGCAGAUCCAGAGGCACCCCAGCUUUAAGAGGUGUUUUUACGAGUUCUCAGACCCCUCCCUCAGGAAGCUGGUGGCCACCCUGCGCAGCCAGAAGACCUGCCCGCCGGAUGGGGACAGGAGCCUUCUUCCCGAGAGACUCUUCCCGUUUGCCUUUGGCGUGGGUAACAAAUAUGCUGAUGGUCAGAGCCGCACCAUCUGCAGCCUCAUGGGCUCCAGGGCUCACUUCAGCCAGCACGGCGAUGCCCAGGACCCAUUCAGGGAGGCCCAGCUGAACCUCACAAGUCCCGAGUGUCAAAGUCCAGAUUAGAAGCGGCGCCUCAACUCCAGUACCUUGGACCUGGCCGAACAAUUGGCACCUUUAGCCAGGACGCCCUGAAGAUGCUGUCUAACUUCCUGACCCCGAGCUUCACAAACAUCCCGAAGACCAUACAGCGUUGCCUGAAAAUGUUCGAAGU